GCUGCCAUUGUUUUGUAAUCCGCCCUUCUCGAGCGUUCGCCUUUCCUUAGCCUGGGAAGUAGGGCGGCCGGAAGACGGCCGGGGGGGGGGAGCCCCUCUCCCUGAGCACAAACUCGGCCUGCCUCUUCCUCUCGAGGAGCAACUCUUGGGGGCCCCCGGGGACACCUCCUCCUCGGGGCGUGCAAGUAGGAUGAGUAAGGCUUCGGCGCUGGGCGUUGCCGGAGAGAGCCCGGCCCCCUGUCCAUCAGGUGACUGCGGCGGCUGGGAGACCUCGGCGGUCCUGGGCUGCCGGCAGCCAGAGGAGCCAUGGAGCUGCUGGCGGUGGUGCUGUGGGUCUCGGCGGCGCUGGCUGCCUCCUCGUUCGCGCACCAGCCGCAGGGGCCGCCUGAAGCCGAGGAGCUGCUUUGGGGCCCGGAGGCGGCGAGGCCGCCCAGCGCGGCUUCCUCCUCCGUCUCCCUCUGGCCGCUGCCCCGCUCGCUCCGCGUCUCCGCAGCCCGGCUGCAGCUGGCGCCCAAGCGGUUCCAGAUCGUCCACGGCCCGGGCUCCUCGGCGGGGCCGAGCUGCUCCUUACUGCAAGAUGCGUUCCGGAGGUGAGCUGCGAGAGCUUUCGGUUUCAACUGGGGCAGGGCUGCCUCCUCGUAGCCCCAGCCCAAGCCACCCUGCUGUACCUCAGCUCUUGCAAGCUGCACCCGCGCGAGUUCUCUUGUCUUCCUCCCGGAAGGGCUGUUGUGUUUUUCUCCCGCGGCAUGUAAAAUCUGACGGGACGCGUUGACCCGAUGUGUAGAUGCAUGCCAUCCAUUUAAGAGCAUGUACAUCUUCCCUCCUCCUACCACAGAAAGAAAAAUCAUGGGAAUUGUAGCUUGCAUAGAGCUUCAGGUAUCAGCACCCUAAACAACCCCUUGUGUCUCUCUUAGGAGGCAUGAUGUUCUUUAAAUGUGUAGCUUUUAAAUUAUUAUUUAUUGAAUUUAUAUACCACCCUAUACCUGAAGGUCUCAGGGCAGUUCACAGAACAGAAUCAAAAUAUAAAACCACAAAAUAUAUAAUCAAAAUAAAAACAACCCAAUAACCCCCCCAACCCAACAUUUUAAAAGGGCAUAGGAUGUCAAACAAAUCAACUGAAGCUUAAAAGGGAACCUUUUUGCCUGGUGCCUGAAGGUGUAUUAUGAAGGCACCAGGUGAACUUCCCUGGGGAGAGCAUUCCACAGACAGGGAGCCACUGCAGAGAAGGCCCCUUCUCGUGUUACCACCCUCUGGGCCUCUCGAGGAGAAGGCACACAAAGAAGGGCCUCAGAAGAUGAUCUCAGGGUCAGGGUAGGUUCAUGUGGAAAGAGGCAGACCAGGAUCAGUGUAAUAUGCUCAAACCAUCUUGCUCCGGUGAGCAACGUGGCUGCUGAAUUUUGCACUAGCUGAAGUUUCUGGACCGUCUUCAAAGGCAGCCCUACGUAUAAUGCAUUGCAGUAAUCUAACCUUGAGGUUACCAGAGCACAGACAACAGUAGUUAGGCUAUCCCUGUCCAGAUAAGAGUGUAGCUGGGCAACCAGCCGAAGCUGAUGGAAGGCUCUCUGGGUCUUAUCUUCAGUGUUAAGAUGUGCCCAUCCCAUCUCUUUUGUUACUAACAUUCAGGAGCAAUUUGAAAAUGCUGCUGUUCACCACAGCAACUAUAUAUACCGUAUGUGGUGUUCUGCUGCUUGGUUGUUUGCAGACCUAAGUUCUUUUGGGAGGAAGGCCAGGAUAGAAAUCUGAUAAUAAAAGACUGACACAAAAAACCCUGACAUAAGAAAAAAAAAAUGGCUACCCUUAAGUUGAGAGAGAACCGUCCUUUAAAUGAAAACAGAUGCAAAGGGGGUGGAGCUCCUGUACCUUUGAGUGUUUGUGUAUGUAGGCAAGGGAAAUCUCACCAUAACGGCAUCUCUCUCACCUGUAAUACUUUGCCAUGACAAUUUGCACCUGCUCCAAAUUCUCUUGCCUGGAGAAUUUUUAAAGGGACAGGAUUCAUGCCUGUCUUCCAUCUAUUCACUGAGUCCUAAGCUCUUUGGGAAGGAAGGGCAGGAUAGAAAUCUAAUAGAUAAUAAAAGAAUGACACAAAAAACCUUGACAUAAGAAAAAAAAAUCAGCUAACCUUAAGUUGAGAGAGAACCGCCUUCUAAAUGAAAACAGAUAAGAGAGAGUGGAGCUAUUCUUACCUAAUAUGAAUAGUUGGAGGAUCUGUUCUCAACAGUAGAGUUGCACAGAAUAUUUUUUAUUUUCUAGCAUCAAAAAUGAAAAAAGAGCUUAUACAAAUUUGGUGUCAGAAGUAUCCAUUGUUCUUCAGUGAGCCACCAACCACCAGGUUCUAUUUUGUUAACCUUACUUGCUCUCUUCCCUUUUGAAUGGGUAGUUGGAGAGUACCGUAAUUGCUGCUUGGAUAACCUAAGGGCAUCAGCUGAAAUUAUAUGAGUCAGUAUCUUUUGACAGGAUCAAAGUUUCUUUAGUUGCCUCUUUCACCAUAGGAUAAAUAAUGGUCAUGUAAACAAGAACAGGGUUGUCGUGUGAACUUGCACAGAGAUAGGUGUGCUUGGAUUCAUUGGCUACACACGCCAAUGAAUCUUGUGUUGAAUGAUGGCCAGUGUCAUGUGAAUUUUUCAACAAAAUGAGCAAACACUAGUACCCUAAACACUGCUGUUUAUACAAACAAGGAAAUAAUCAUCCUGAUGAAGUAAAACAGUGGCUUUCAAACCUUUUCUUUUUAUUAUUUAAAAAAUUACACUUUAUUAGUUUACAACACAUAGUUUAAAGUAUUACAAACAAGGAAGUUCCCCUUCCUGAUACAGUAGAUAUAGCCAAAAACACAAGGCAGUUAGGGAAACAAAAUGGACAAUGUUUUGGAUUGUGGAUCUUGAUCUUGAGUGACUUUGGUAAACCUAGUGUGGAAGGUUGUCAAGAUCCAUUACAACUGGACCAGGUUUGCGUGUGUUCAGACUUGCCUUGCUGUGGCAAUGUUGGUACCUCAUGGAAUGGUUUGUUUUUAGGGAGCACAUCCAGUUCAAGCAGCAUGCUGUCCAGACCUUAUAGCCUGUCCUUGUUUUGCUGUGUAAAUGGAAAAGUGCAUGCCCAACACAAUUGUGGGACUGCACAUUCCCAUAGAAUAUUGUGAAAUUUCUGUCUCCCAAGAAAGAUUGACCUUUGGGGAAGGGCUGCGGCCCCAGAUCCCGUCUACAGAAUCUCCACGUAGGGCCACGAAAGACUCUUGUUUUGAAACCUUGGUGAGCCACUGCUAUACAACCAGGGGCAGCCCAAAACAUUUUACCACUGUAGGAAACAUCUUGCUGCUCACACACACUCACACACACACAUCACCUUCCUGCCUGCCACAGAUCAGGACCUUUUUGCCCCCACUGCCAACAGCCUUGUACCCUUUGUACCCUCAACUGAAAUACAGUGGUACCUCGGGUUAAGUACUUAAUUCGUUCCGGAGGUCCGUAUUUAACCUGAAACUGUUCAUAACCUGAAGCACCACUUUAGCUAAUGGGGCCUCCUCCUCCUGCUGCUGCUGCUGCUGCUGCUGCUGCUGCGUUGCCAGAGCACUAUUUCUGUUCUCAUCCUGAAGCAAAGUUCUUAACCUGAAGCACUAUUUCUGGGUUAGCGGAGUCUGUAACCUGAAGUGUAUGUAACCUGAAGUGUAUGUAACCCAAGGUACCACUGUAGUUUUAAUCAUAAUUUCCCUGAAGCUGCACCCACGCUGCUGUUAUGAUGCUGCGGCAGCAGUGAGGGCAAGGCGCUGUGGCAGCAGUGGCACAGGCGAAGCCUCAGUGGGGCUGGUAGUGGCACAGAGGCAGGGAAGGGCAGGGGUCGGAUCUGCUUCCCGAAGCUAAUUGCUUCACCCAGCUUCAUGCUGGCUCCAGCCUUGCAUAUGGGGUGACAGCACUGAGCCCAGGCAGAAGAAUGUUUUGACUCUGUUUAAGAAGGCCACUUCUAGUGUUCCCGUAACCUUCUCAGUGAAACUCCUGAUAAAAUUUUAGGAUUGUCCAGAAGGCAGCUUGAAAAUCUACUUGUCUAAACCAUCCUAGUGAGGAGUUAUUCUUUCAAAAUAUGUCAAAGCAGCUUGCAUAUUUUCAUCUGGCACAUACUGCUAUCCUGACCAACACAUGGGUUUGCAAAAUAUGCCCAUCCCUCAAUUCACACUCUGUAUCAACUUCAAGUCAAGAUGGUGUUUAAAAACUGCACUCAUCCUACUUGUGCUUUCUGUAAGGCUGUGUAAGGAAGCAUUUCUAUAAAUCAGGGAUUGCUAAUCUUGUGCCAGAUGUUGUUGGACUCCCAAAACUCAUUAGCGCCAGGCAGCAUGGCCAGUGAUCAGGGAUGAUGGGAGUUGCUAUCCAGCAACAUCUGGAGGAUCACAGGUUAGCCAAGCCUGAUAGGAGCUCAGUCGGUAAGAAAUGUAGUCAAACUGGAAUACAUGGGUGUAGCCAAGGAGGGACAGCUGCUCCCAUCAAUAAAAAUACAUAGCAAACUUAGGUUCUCCCCCCCCACACACAAAAGACCUGCCUCCCCUAACAAAGAUCUUGUUGGAACAUAUAGAUUUAUGCUGUGCAUAACAUCUUUCUGGGUUCACUUCCAGGUACUAUGAAUACAUAUUUGGGUAUUCCAAGUGGCAGAAUGGUGAUGAGAUGAAACCUCUUUUGGAAACGGAGCUAUCUUCGCUUCAGGUGAUUAUUACUUCAGAAGAUUCUGAAUGUGAUAAAUUUCCCAGCAUCGCAUCUGAUGAAUCUUGUAAGUAUCUGAUGGUGUAAAUGUGUGUAGCGCCUUCUUCCUUCCUAGCUGUGGAUUAAUUACAGUGUUCUAUUGAUCAGGGUGGGGAAACUCUGGCCUUCCAGAUAUUACUGGACCCUCUCCUCCAAUUCCCAUCAUCCUUCUUGACCAUUGACCAUGCUAACUGGGACUGAUGGGGUUGAAGUCCAACAACAUCUGAGAGGCUAUAGGUUUCCCACACCAGAUCAUCUUAUUUCUUAUACUGGUUUGGCUUGUAGACACUGGUUUUUUCCCCUAGCAUACACAGCUGGCUAUAAUAAUGAACUUUUAUCCUGUGAGUAAUUGAAGAAAAUAGAUUGACUCAGUUAAAAAUAAGUCUUGAUUGUGUCUCACUGGUAUUAAUAUCUGUACUGUAUUCAUAAUUUUGAUACAUUUUUUCCUAUUAACCAAGAUUGGUUUGGGUGCUAAUUUAUGGGUGUGGAGACUUGCAUUCUGGAAAAUCAGGAACAAAUGCCUGACACUUGUUGGUGCUUUAUGGAGUAAUCCAAUAUAUACCCAGUCACAUUGCUGAUUCUUCCUCAUCAAUUGAAACUGAUUACACCUGUGUAACUGGAAGUUUAGAAGAACAGAGGUGGAGCCUCCACAGAAUAUUUUAGCAUGGAACACUCCUAAUCAGUUUUCCAGCCCUGAGCCAUUCCUUUUUAAAAAAUUUUUUUUGCCCUGAACAAUUUGCAUUCCAUAGUCAAUGAAUAUACUCAAUCCUCAUUAGGCUAUUUUGGGGUCCCUGCUGAGGGUUUGUGCUAAACAUCUUUUGUAAUUUUGCAAACCUUCGGGUUCAUCCAGACCUGAUGAGGCUUCCUUCUUUUGAAUGGUUUGUGUUGUUUUGAUUGCAUAAGAAUACACAAUUGAGUAAGUUUUGGAGAUAGAGGCAAUUAUAUGCAUUGGGCUGUCUUGGGGUGGGUUUGUUUGUUUUGUAAAAAGCAUAGCCUUUGUUUUUAUGUUCAUUGCUUUAUGGAAACUGUUGCGUGUUUUAUUUCAUAAGCUCCCUGGAGAACGUAAUCCAAAUGGUGGGCUAAUUUUUUUUAAAAAAUAAAAAUUGCUUUGUGUUAUAGCGAUGGUGCCUGUGAGAUAAUGAGGCAGUCUUGAUUUCCAGAUUUUGGAUAAAUAGUGACGAUUCUACUGAUUUAAAUACAGUGGUACCUCAGGUUACAUACGCUUCAGGUUAUAUUCGCUUUAGGUUACAGACUCCACUAACCCAGAAAUAGUGCUUCAGGUUAAGAACUUUGCUUCAGGAUGAGAACAGAAAUCGUGCUCCGAUGGCACGGCGGCAGCAGGAAGCCCCAUUAGCUAAAGUGGUGCUUCAGGUUAAGAACAGUUUCAGGUUAAGAACAGACCUCCGGAAUGAAUUAAGUACUUAACCCGAGGUACCACUGUGUAUAGGAGUAGUGUCUUGCAAGUUCUGAAGGUGCUUGUUUACAUUUUCCUAGUUUUCCUGUGUUCACAGGAAUGGGCAUAUUUUGAGGAUGGCUAUACCGGGCAGACGGGAGCAGGGAGAAACUGUUUGUAAAUAUUACAGAAUAUUUGUAGGUAUGCUGUGCCUACUGGAUAUAUAGGAUGACCCUGAUCCAAAGAAAGUUUGUCACAGAAAUGCCAUUGAAAUCAAUAGGGUGUCAGAAUUACUGGCUUUCUGUGGACUGGAGCUGGUGAGAGCAGAAAUACAGGAAGGCAGGACUGCCUCUUUGGAAGGUUCUACUUCUCAUUUCAGUUCUCCUUUUCCUUGGCUUAGUCAUCUAAUGUUGUUUGUGGCUACUGUCAGUCUCAGGGGAGGGCAUUGGAAGGGGAAUCUCAGGUCCUCAUCCAGGGCUUUGAAGCAGACAGAGGUAGGACAAGAUAGUUGUGCUGCUUUUCCCUGCUCCAGAGCCCAGUAGGAUACACUCCCCCCCCCCCCAUUGUUUGGAGACUUGGGCUUCUUCUCCCUGCUCCAUGUGUGCAUUCAGCUUUACGCGCUUGGCAGUUAAUUAAAUAGAAAGGGGGUGGGGAAAAGACUUUGGCAAUCCCACCCACCAUUGUACCCAGUGUGUUUGGACUAUAUGCGAUUUUGGCUUUAGGCACGAUCCCCAGGACAUAGCUCCCAUGUAGUAGUAGUAGUAGUAGUAAUAAUAAUAAUAAUAAUAAUUUUUAUUUAUACCCCGCCCUCCCCAGCCAAGGCUGGGCUCAGGGCGGCUAACAAGCAAUAAUAAAAACAAGUUGAAUGAAUACAACUUAAAAACAAGAUUAAAUUACAACAUUUAAAUAUUGAAACAUUAAAAUAUUAAAAUGCAGCCUCAUCACAGGAGGAGAAAGGAAAAAGAAAGAGGGGGAGGGAAUCAAAUUGGCUCCAAGCCAAAGGCCAGGCGGAACAACUCUUACAGGCCCUGCAGAAAGAAAUCAGAUCCUGCAGGGCCCUGGUCUCGUGAGAAGAGCGUUCCACCAGGCCGGAGCCAGUGUUGAAAAGGCCCUGACUCUGGUUUAAGCCAAUCUAACUUCCUUAGGGCCUGGGACCACUAGGGUAUUGCUAUUUAUGGACCUUAAGGUCCUCUGUGGGGCAUACUGGGAGAGGCGGUCCCGUAGGUACGAGGGUCCUAGGCCAUGAAGGGAUUACAGUGUGGCAUGAAGGACUGGGGCAGCAGCAGGGGGUGUCUUCUCCUGAUGUGCUGAGCUUUGGAGCAGGAAGGGUGGAAUUGAACCAAACAGUUGAACCAAAUCUGCUCCAGAGUACUGGGGGAGCCCCCAGAACAGAUUUAGGGGGGAAGUUGGUGGAGGAGAGGUGGAAAACGUUCCGUUGCGCAAAGAGAAAUCCUUGCACCAAUGGAACCAGUUACUUAGUGCUAAGGAGCCAGUGUCAUAUCAUAGUUAGAGGGUCGGACUAGGACCUGGGAGACUGUUGGGAUACUGCCAGGGAGAUAAAGUCCAUCAUGGCCCCCAAGCCGUCUGCCGGACGAUCCAUCGACCUCCCGUAGGCACGCAGCGACAUGAGUUUCUAGAAAAUAUCUUGCCACAUUCUAGAGCUCAUGCACGCUCUAUCAGCAAUUAGCACAGCCAAAAGUUGCACUCAGGAGAGCAUUAUUUACAAGUUUAUUCGGCGUUGAUCAGAACACAGAAAAACAUGACUGCCUGCUGAUUUAGUGUCUGCGACACCGAGAGAAAACGAAAGCAACAGAAAACAUAAACAUCCUGUGAACAGGAAAUACGCAGACUCUGACUCACAAAGCCUGCUCCCUUUUAAGGUGGAACGGAAAUAUCCUAACAGAGACAAGGGUUCAAAUCCCCAUGCAGGCAUGAAGUUCACUGAGUGGCUUUGGGCCAGUCAUUGUUGUGUUUUUAUAUUCUGUCGGAAGCUGCCCAGAGAGGCUGCAGCAACCUAGUCAGAUGGGCAGGGUAACAACAACAGCAAUUUCUGCACCCACUUUUGCCUCUGGCCCCCAGAAGAGAAUGUAGCGCUCAAGCUGAAAAAAGUUCCCAACCUGUUUUAAAAGAUUGCUGGCUGUGCAGAUGAAAUGGUGUUUGGCUUAUUUUAAUUGAGAAGCGUGCAUCAUCAUGACACUUAGGCAGCCAAGAGUGAUGGUGCAUGCUUCUCUCUGACGCAGGAAAUAAGUGAUUUCUAAAAUAACGGCACACUUCCGCUUGCAUUUUUGUUCAGCAGUGUGGAUGUUUUUAAGAAACUGCUCAGAGUAAGCUUGCACAACAUCACAGUCACCUUUGUAGCCCUAUCAGGGCUUUUGCUGUUGUUAGUGCAAAAACAGAGGAGUCGUUAAGCAGCAUUCAGGUGGCUGUAGUAUGUGGCUUGGGAUGCUGUGUUGGGGCCACAAGUGAUGCAGGCCUGACUUGGAGAAAUCCUUAUUCCUACAAGUCAUUUUAUAGUUACAUGAAGACCAGAGGUGCACUAGAAUUAAUUUUCACCUUUCCUUAAUUGCCAAUGGUCAGCUUUACUUUAAAAAGGCACCUAGGACUUAAAACGACUAGCUUAUUAUCAGUGUUGCAAUCCAACCCCAUAGGUUUGGAUCCUAAGAUUAGCCAACCUAGGGAGUUCCUGCCACACUGGCCACCCUAAAGCUUGUCUAGAGGACUGGGGGGUGGGUAGAGGAAAGUUGCCUGAGAUUAGGCUUAGAUCCUGAUACAAAUUAACUUGCAGAAGUUAAUGAAAGGAAAAUUUCCCAUGCCCUCUUUGCCCUGCAACCUCCCAAACACCACCCCACGUUCUCUGGAGGGGAGAGGCCCCUCUUGAACAAGCUUUUCAUGGGGCAAGAUGGUUGCUGAAAUUGAAGGAGAGGAUGGCUGAACUUCCUUCCGUGAAUGUAUUUUCAGUUCCAAGCCAAAGACUGCUUAAGACACCCUGACUUCAUUUGGAUAUAAGCAGCCUUUGUGCAGGACUGCUCCCAAAUUCUUAUAAUUGGUUGUCUUUAUAAGUAAACUGAUAUUUUCAUUACUAAAACUCAUAAUUGUCAUUUGCUCUUAAAGAUCAGCUCCAGGUAUCAGGACCUACAGCUGUGCUGAAGGCAAACAAAGUUUGGGGAGCGUUGAGAGGUGAGUAAUGAAAGGUCUUCUCCUUCCAACGGGCCCUCUCAGCAGAGGGGGCUCCCUUCGUGUUUCCAUCGCCUUCAGUGGCUCAGGGGUGGGGGUGUUGGCCCAAGAAAGGGCAUUCUCCAUGGCACCCCUCUAAGCUGCAGAAUUCAGCAACUUACAGUCAUGGCUGAAGCCGGAGUGACAUGGCCUGUUUUGCAGUGGUGUGUGUUGUAAUCUGGGGGAACACAAUCUCUGUCUUGGUUGGAAUAGGAGCCCCAAAUUUUCUUGUGUAAAUCAGCCAUAAGUGGUUUGUGUGUUAGAGAUAUUUAAUAGUGGUGGCCAUCAUCUUAUCUUUAUGACUCAAAACAAAAUGAAAAAGGGUGGAGCUUCUCCAAACAUUUAAAAAGUGGUGAUAAAGAAGCAAGUUGGGAGACUUAAACUUUGGGAUUUUGUCCAAUGUAGAGAGAAGUCCAUAUUCCUUGCAGGGAGGUAAGAAGAGCCCUGCUGGAUCUUUCUCCUUCAGCAUUCUGUUCCCACAGUGUACAGCCAAGAAACCUCUGGGAAGGCCACAGGCAGGACCUGAAUGCCUGAACAACACUCUUCCCCACUCUUGAUUCCUGCAACUGCUGUUCAUACUGUUCCUGAUACAGGAGGCACUGGAGAUAAACAUUCCGUCCCAAAAUAAGAAAAGCAAACAUUCCCACACAGGGGCCCCAUCUUCUCCCACUGGCCAACCCUUGGAAGGCCAGCCUAGAAGCUAAGUUAGAAAAAAGUGCUAGUCAUUUGUGCUCUCGGGUUCCUUGGAACAUCCAAAGUAGCUGUUGGAUGACAUCCAUUUUACUUUGCCAGUUAUGGAUUACAGUUCAGUCUGUUUUCACUUCCAGGUUUAGAAACAUUCAGUCAGUUAGUAAAUGAAGACGACUAUGGAAGUGUGAGUAUUUCUCUUCAUUGUACAGUGGGCUAAUUUGGAGUUUUCCCCAAGUUUGGAUUUGAGCAACUGCUUAUUCAUUUUUUCAGGCUGCUCUGAGUCAAAGGUUGCCUCAGAUACUGUUUGGAAGCUGCAGUGUACCAGGCGGUGGGUACCAGCAGCAGAUUAAAUCUGUUCUGUAGCAUCUGCCCUGGCUUGCUAUAUCCUUGCUGAAAUAACUCCAGUUGCCUGUUUUGACCAGGAGCUAAUAGCUGACUGCAUGGCUACACCUGCAUGUCAGACCAUAGAACUGGGAUUCCAAUGUCAUAUUCUGGGUAUUAGCCCAUUUUCAUUUUGAAUUCUAAUUGCAUCUCUUAUUCCUUACAUUUUUCUUAAAUGUAUUGCACUUUGAAUUAAAUGGAAUACAAUAAAAUACAAUAAAAAGCAAAAAAAAAAAAUACUAUUAAAAACCAUACAGCAUCUAGCACAGCGAAUUACAGUUGCUACCACAGGUAGAAAAAUCAUUAAUUUUCAAGUGGUCUUUGGUGAAAAAGAGUUUGGGAGCUGCUGCUACUACAGUAUCAUAUCACAAAAAUUAAUUUGGGAACCUGUUGAACCUUCUCUUCCUCUCUUAUAUUUUAAUAGCUAUUUGUCAAUGAAUCCGACAUUACUGACUUCCCAAGAUUUGCUUAUCGAGGGAUCUUGAUUGAUAGCUCAAGGCAUUUUCUGCCUUUGAAAACUAUCCUAAUGACUUUGGUAAGUUGGCAAUCGGCAUGUUCUCCCCCACCUGUCUUCCGCUACUGUGGCAAGUUUAAAUGAAGCCACCUGUUUCCUUACCAAGAAAAUGAUUAAAGUUCAAAUCACUUGAAAUACGUGAUACUAAUAGCCUUGUACUUGGUGUUGCUCGGGAAUUCUGGGAAGCAGAAACAUCAACCCAGUUUUGUAAUUGGUGGCAAAAAUCAGCCAGGUUGUAUUACUUGUUGCUGACUCUGAAGUAGUACUACUUUCAGUCCAUUGUUUGAAUCAAAUCCCCCCAUGGAAGUUCACACACCCCUUCUCUCCUUGACAGCCAUUGAGUCUCAUCCCUAACAUCCCCCCAAAAAAGACUGAAUGGGGUGGGAAAUGGUGCAGGAGGCUGAGGAAAUCAUGGAAGAUCAAGGCACAGGCACCUUCUGAGUGGGGCUUCCUUUCAGUUCAGCAUAUUUGUCCUUUCUGGGUCAAGGAUAGCUAUUUCAAGCACCUGGGUUUUACUCAGUGCUAGGAAACAGGGGAAGUGCUUACUCUAAAUGGCUGUGCCCUCCCGCCUCAGCCUACUGCAGUAUCUGGAAAGGACCUUGAAUGCUUGCUUUAGCAAUUAUAUUACUGCCAGGCAAUUACAAUCUUCUUCUUUACUGGCUGCUUAGUAAUGGAACCAUGGAUGGUGAGAAACAAAGAGCAUUGCAGUGGCACUUCCUUAACAGCAGAUUUAAUGUACCUUUAUUUAGGAUUGGGGGUAAAGGCUUCACUUUGUUAUGGUGUUUCAGAAUAAUGUAGGUGUUGGAAAAGCAAUGUUAAGGUCACUUUGCUCUGAUUUAUGUAGGGUUGCCAUAUUUCAAAAAGUAAAAAAACCAGGACCCCCCAAAAGUUGUUGAGCUUUUCAGGAAAAACCGAAAGUUUUUGAGCUUUUUUAAGACACCAAAGCAGUUGACUUUUUAUUUUAUGAAAAUGCAAAACAAAAAAAACCCACCACGCUUUCUCUGUUUACUUCCUGAAGAUUCAGGAUAAACAGCCGACAGGACGUCACUUCCGCCUUUGAAAUCCCAGUAUUGUUUGGAAGUAUGGCAGCCCUAAUUAAUGGCACUGAAGAACACAAUUACGGGGGGGGGGGGGGGGAGAGGAAGACUUUGCUAAGUGCUCUUUAAAAACUACUUGCCUCUCCAUGCAGGCUACCUAACUGAAACACCAUAUUUUUUUCUCUUAGGAUGCUAUGGCAUUUAACAAGUUCAAUGUCCUUCAUUGGCACAUUGUAGAUGACCCUUCCUUUCCUUAUCAAAGUAUCACAUUUCCUGAACUGAGUCGCCAGGUAAGUAAAUGGCCCUGUAGAACAUUCUGAAAAUUUAGUGCCCAAUAAAUUUAUUGUUAUUUUAAUAAAUAGCCUUUUCCAUACAUGAGUCUAUUACGUUGUAUUGGUUGCUGUUUAAAAGCCAUAAUACAAGGAAGAGGAACCUGUGGCUCCCUGGAUAUUUUUGGGCCUCAAACCCAAUCAGUCCUAUCCAGCAUUACCAAUGCUCAGGGAUGAAAGGAGUUGUACUCUCAACAGCUUCUGGAGGGCCAAUGGCUCCCAGUCAGUGGGAAAAUGAGAAAGUUCUUGGCGCAGACGGUUCACUGGAAUAGCAUUGUUGCACCUUUCUGAGAGGCGACCAUGUUAAGUCUGUUGGAACAGAUGCAACAAAGAGUCAGUGAAACAUUGAAAGCAUGGAAGGCGCACCUGGGGGAGUCAGAUCGCUGCCUCUGGCUCCCUCGCAGCUCGGCACUUUGCAGCCUGGCUCCAAUAACACCACUGUAAUGGGCUGCUGAUUUUUAAGAUUCAUUUCCUUUGGGAAAUUUAAAAUGGCGGAGAAGGGACAGGACAACACAAGAAAGAACGAAGAAGAAAGGAAAUGAAGAAAGUGGGCAAAAAUGGCAGUGAAAUAUAUAAGAAACAUUAUAUAAUGUACCCGGUAUAUCUUGGAUUAAAGUUGCUUAUAAAUCUUAGCACCAUUUUGAGACUUUGCCUAUUUUUUGCUUUCUGGAGCAAGCUUAAAAUUAACAAAAUUUUGAUUAAAAGUUGCAAGCCCUAUGAAAUGUGUGUGUGUAUGUAUUCAAAGGGCUUGCAACUUAUAUAUAUAUAUAUAUAUGACAUUUCAGAUUGUUCAGUCACCUAGCUACUUUCCCCAUGGUUGGUACCACCUCCUAAAUCUUAAGGACAUAAGUGGAGCCCUUUUACAUCAGAUUGAAGGCCCACCUAAUCCAGCAUCCUGUUUUCCCCAGGGGACAACAGUUCAGGUUAAAUAGCCAAAUAGUCUUGGUGAUUCCCGCUUUUGCUUUGUUUUCUCAGUUUGCUUUAUAUAAUAUACUGGCAUGGGCUACUAUUUUGAACCAGUUGUCACCCAGGCCUUUGUACAACAUUAUCCAGCCUUGGAAGAACAACACUGGCCAAUACCAGCUUCAGACUGCAUCUGCAAAAGUGCAGGCUUAUCCCCCAGAUGGGGACACUGAAACUACUCAGAAGCUAGACUACACUGCCAGUAGUCCUUGGGUGCUGUAACACGACACUGUCAAGUGUAAUCGGCUCUUCAGCCUUACUGGCAUAUUCUUGGCAUCACAUUGUAAAAGAACGACAUGUGUGGACAUUUUCACAGGGGGCCUAUUCAUACAAUCAUGUUUACACUCCCGCUGACAUCCGUCUGGUGAUAGAGUAUGCUCGGUUACGGGGGAUUCGAAUUAUCCCGGAAUUUGACAGUCCAGGACAUACCCAAUGUUGGGGGAAAGGUAAGAUGCAUAUUAUUCUGAAAUGCUAUUGAUACUGUAAACAUGUAGGAACUGGCUUUAGUUGGGUGCAUUUAUGUUUUUUCAUUUUAUUUUAUUUUACCCACUUUGUUCUUAUUUUCAAGAUGCUUCUAUUAUUGCUAUCAUAUUCAUUUUUAUUGUAUUUGCAUUGUUAUUAACUGCCUUCAGCACCAUUUAGUAACAAAAGGUGGGGUAUUGAACCUACUAUAGGAAGUAGUCCAGCCGAAGGAUUUCACCCUCCCAUUAUGAAGAAAGGAAAAGCAAUUGAGUGCAAGUACAGAUUUAUUGCGAAGUAUAAUUUAAUUCCAAAACAGUUCAGUUUUCACCAUUCUACAUAUAGCUUAACUAUAUGUUUCAGGGUUUUUGAGAUUGGCCUUUAAAUAUAUAACCUAGAAAUGGGUUGAACCUCUUAACGUUGUUGUGAUAAAUCUGCCUUUGUACUAUAUUGCUGAUCAGUUUUUAUUUUUGUUCUGACAUCUAGUAAAAUAGUAUUGUAAACUGUCAUAGCUUAGCAUAGCAUACUUAGAUAAAUUGACCAAUGGUCUGCCUUAGGAUAAGGCAGCUUCCUAUGUUGCUAGUAUGGACAACAUUUCUAACAAUGCCAAUAAUAAAAACGUAGGAAAUGGAGGGCGGGGGGGGGGGAGUAUUUAGUAGGGAAACAAAAUGUUCAGUAGCCCAGAAUGUGAAACAGAAAGUGCUAAUCUCUGGAAUAAAAUGACAAAUCUGGCAAGUGAAUGCAAACCUAUUGUGACUACUGGUCCAUACUUUUCAGAAUAGAACGCUGAAAUUUUUAAAAGCUUAAAAAACAUCGUGUUCUUGACUAUAUUUGUGGGGGCAUGUAUUUAAGUUCUUGGAAUUGUUUUUAAAACAAGCAUAAGAAUGCAACUUUAUAUGGUGCAGCAACAACAUAUGCACCUUUCGAAGCUAAUCUUGUUUCAACGUAUUUUAUUUUAGGACAAAAAGACAUCCUCACACCAUGCUACAAUGGAGCACAUCCGAGUGGGUCUUACGGGCCUGUAAACCCCAUUUUGAACACAACAUAUGAUUUCAUGGCUAAAUUAUUCAAAGAAAUUGGCAGUGUAUUUCCGGAUGAUUAUAUCCACUUGGGAGGAGACGAAGUGGACUUCACUUGUUGGUACGGUAUAACAUGAAGAGUCUACAUUGCUUAUUCACCUGAAAUCUGUUGAGUUGGAAACUGUGACAGGAAAGGUAAUAGGAUAGGCAAGGAUCCUUCAAGCCCUUCAAGUGUGCCUCUCCCACCUCCACCCCCCCACCAGACUGUAGCCCUUUGCACUAGGUGGGGUCCACGUUCCUCCAAGCUCGUGGCUUGUUAGACAAAGCGGAAGGUUGUACAAUAGUGUUGUACAAUAAAGGGGAGGGGUGUAGCUGAUUGUACAUACAGUGGUACCUCAGGUUAAGUACUUAAUUCAUUCCGGAGGUCCGUUCUUAACCUGAAACUGUUCUUAACCUGAAGCACCACUUUAGCUAAUGGGGCCUCCCGCUGCCGCCGCGCCGCCAGAGCAAGAUUUCUGUUCUCAUCCUGAAGCAAAGUUUUUAACCUGAAGCACUAUUUCUGGGUUAACAGAGUCUGUAACCUGAAGCGUAUGUAACCCGAGGUACCACUGUAGUGGGACUUGCCAGUGGCUCACUUUGGAUGAACUGAAUCCUGGUCUGGGUGUGGCUAGCAGAUUGGGGAAAGACUUUGCACAAGGCAGCCCUACAUGGCUUCUGGCCAGCUUAGAACUUCUGUGCAUACUGUUGAAAGCGGAAGAAUUGCAAUACUGGAGCAGACUACUGGUCCAUCUAGCUCAGGGGGGUUGAUACUCAUUUUUACCCCAAGAGCAAAUUCAUCAUUGACCAGCCCUCCAGGAGCUGCAUGUCAUUGGUGGGCGUGGCCAAAAUUGCAAACCAGCUGAAGGGGAGGAGGAGGUUAUUGCCCCUUCCCCUGCAAAUGGUUCAUUUGAUUAUUGGGGAGAGGAUAAUCCCUUAAACAGUUGGGCUGGGAGGGGAGAGGUUUAAGCCUCUCCUCUCCACCCAACCCAAGGCUUUGUUUGAUUUAACCUUUCAUUUUGCUGCUGCUGUCUUGGGUGGCCAGAAAAAUAAAUUGCCUAGGCAGCCAGAUGAAGCCCCUGGCAGGAGGUGAACUACUGCUCAUCUAGCUCAAGAGCCUUUUCAGAGCCAGUAGUUUGGAUCCCUUCAUUAAGUAGGGCAUGGUUGCAGCGACUUGCUAGCAUUUGAUAGAUGCUGGGAAGAGCAGCGUCAAGUCUUAACAGAGAGAACAGCUUCAGUGUUUGGUUAAAGCACAGCAGGCAUAAAGCAAAACACAGCCAGGUGUCUGCCGAGUGAUAAACGCUGCUCCCCGCCCCCUUCUCUGUCUUGGUACCUGGUACUGCAACCACAAAUAGGUUGCUGUACCUGUCAGGUAGACAGUGUCUUAGCUUGUUGGGUCACAAAUCUGGCCAUUACCAUGGCUUACAACCACUGAUCAGCCUGCCUCCGUGUAUUUAUUAUCCUAUGCAAGUUACAAAAUCUCAUCAUAAGCUGACUUUAUCUGAAUUACUUGGUUUUUGUUCCUCUUGCUCAUCUAUCAUGGAGAUGCAGGGUCACUGCCAAUACCUCAAGGGCCGCCUCUCCCCGUAUGAACUGACCCAGACCCUGUGCUCAUCUUCCGAGUCCCUUUUUCGUGUGCCCCCGCCAUGGGAGGUCCAGAGGGUGGCAACAUGAGAACAGGCAUUUUCCGCAAUGGCUCCGUUUGUGGAAUGCUCUCCCCAAGGAGGCUUUCCUGGCACCAUUCUUAUAUAUCUUUAGGUGCCAGGCAAAAUCUGUCCUCUAUUACCAGGCCUUUGGCCUUUAACUAUCUGUGGGUUUUUAGAAGUGGGCAGGAUGUUUUUUAAUGCAUUCCUUUUUUAAUGUAUCUGUAUGGGGUUUUUCUUCUGUCUGGUUGGUUGUAAGUUGCUUUGGGUUGCCCUGGGUAAGAUAAAGCAACUAACAAAUUUAAUAAAUAGUAAUCAUUUAGUUAUUGUUUAUUUUUCCUUCAGUAAAGCCAUUGUCUGUGGCCAUCCUCUGCCAAAUAUUUUGUAUUCAUAAGGGGGUGAGAGUUCUGAAUGAAUGCAUACUGGAGGAUUCUGAUGGUCAGUGGGUAACAUGUUAUUUCCUAGUAAGUCUUGGUCCAAAAUCCCAUUGGUACUUCUGUAGUAUGCUGCUGAUCUUGGCAAGAAGCAUAAUUGUGUUUUCUCUCUUCCCUUAUAGGAGGUCCAAUCCUGAUAUACAAGAAUUCAUGAAGAAGCAAGGGGUCUGGUUUACCUAUGCUAAACUGGAAUCCCACUAUGUUGAGAAGUGAGUUUCUCUUUCAGGCAAGAGCCUGCUUAUUGGCUGUUUGCACACAAUGCUUAAACCAUGGUUUAGUAAGCCAUGGUUUAGUAAAGCAUGUCCUUGCAUGUUUUAAAGUAGAUCACAGCCACAAUUAGUGCUAGUAACUUGCUGUUCUUAAUCAUUUGGAGCCAAUCAUGGCUGAAAUAAGGGGUGUAAAUGAAACAAGUAAAUAGCAAGUACAUAACAUCUUUAAAAUAUUAUUACUACUAGAAUAUUGGAGUUGGUGUCUUCUCUGAACAAGAAAUCCAUAGUGUGGCAGGAAGUCUUUGAUCAUGGAGCAAAGGUAAGGACUGAGAGAUGAUUUGUGCUGUUCUGCGAAAACUUGAUUUUCAUGUGCUAGAGUAACCCAGAAGACACGUGUAGCACUAUCUGAAAUGUUUAAGCCUUUCAGAAUUGUGUGAUCUGAUCUAAGGAUCAAUUUCAUCAAGGCAAUAUAAGAAGCCAAUACAUUAUAAGUCAAAUGUAAUAGAAAUGUGACUGUCCUGUGUAUUUCAAAAGUACAUACAAUAUGAUGCUGGAAAGGUGACAUACCGUAUGUGGCUGUCUCAUAGCUUAUGCCUUUCUAAAAUUGCAUCAGUCUUGUAGAACUUAAUAUGCCAAAGCAACCCUUAAAAAGGCAGACUGUCUCUAAGCCUGCUGUUUUUAUGUUAAGGUUAAUUAUUUUAAGCAGUACCAGUUAAGUUUCUUUCACCAUUUCAUCUUAGCAUAACUAAAUGCUCUUGGCAAACCAGUCACACAAGUGGAACAUGCAACACUAAAUUGCUGUGGAUUCUCAUCUCUUACAUGAGUGUUUCUGUUUAGCCUACCAGCUUGCCAGCCUUCUUUUCCACAGUACUUUAAGUUGUUGGUGGGGAGGAGGGGUUGAGCAAAGCAGCAGUCCAAGUGGUUUGAUCACCUGCUUGUAUUCCUGCCUUGACCUCCUCCAGGCUUGACAGCCCUGUCUCAGCCAUCUGUAUACAGUCAUACCUCAGGUUAAAGUAGCUUCAGGUUGAGCGUCCACAUAUUAGGAUUUCUAAGAGGCUUCUUUGAAAUCUUGUCACUGGGGUAAUUGCAAAGAUGCUAUAAUUACCAUGGAACAAGUUGAUGUCACACCAAUAUGUGGACAAAUCCCAAUGGGACUCGAUAUGAGUGACGUUAGUUUUCACAUAACCGUAUCACAUAACCUGGCACGCUACUAUCUGCAUAUGCUUUGGAGGAGAUGCCUGUAGCUGAACAGAUUGUUUUCAUGCUGUCUGAACACUAUGUUUUUGAUGUCUUCAGCUACAGUCAGACACAAUAGUUGAAGUGUGGAUUGGGACCUUGUAUAAAGAAGAGUUAAGAAGAGUAACCAAAGCAGGGCACAGCGCCAUCCUGGCAGCACCAUGGUACCUAGACCUCAUUAGUUAUGGCCAGGACUGGAAGAAAUACUACAGUGUGGAGCCACUAGACUUCCUUGGUUUGUAGUUUCCUUUUUCUUUGAGCGUUAUCCAGGCAUUGGUUCCAGUGGGAAAGUUGCAUGGCCUUGUUGCUGUGACUCCCAGUUUUAAUGAAUGAUAACAUUAUAUUCCUGUACACUCCUCCAUACUCUCCUUUCACCCCAAGUUAUCUCCCCAGUUUGUUGGUGGAGAUGGCAUUCUAUACUGUUAAUAAGGGGAGAUGAAUUAUUGGUGGUGGUGUUGUUUUUUUAAAAAUGAACUAUUUCCUUUUUAUUUAUUUCAGUUCUGGCUGCAGGGGAAUGAACUUUGUCACUGAAGUAGAUUUAAAUAAAAGAUAGUGAGCUUAUAAAUACAAAGAAUAUUACUAUGUUUGGUCAUAUGGGCUUUUAUGUUAAGUAUUUAAGAUAACAGUCAUGACAUUAAGAUUUGGUAUGACUUAAUUAACACCUAAUGACUAUUUCCACGAUACUCAACUUGCAAGUGUAAAAUACUGUACCUGUAUCAGACUGAGCCUGCUUUUAAAGGAAGACACAAGCCAAUACUUCUUUUCCUUAAACACAGGGUGGCAAUCCCAGAAAGAGUUGGUGCUUGGUGGAGAAGCCUGUCUUUGGGGCGAAUAUGUGGAUGCAACUAAUCUCACACCAAGACUCUGGUAUAGUUAAUCACUCACCUGAUUUUUUUUCAUCUAACCUUAUUGAUACUUACAUCUGACAAAACUACGCUUGCAUCAUGAUUUUUAAACUUUACUUUCCCAACUUGUCUUCCUCCCUUCCUCUUAAUUCUGUCUAUAUUAGUGAUUGGCAUAGUUCCCACUUACCCGUGGAUACUGCAUGGCACUCAGGUGUACAAGGGCCAGCUGAAAAAGAUGGCAAGGCUCUUGCUUUUUACGAAAUGACCAGCCUCAGCUGGUCAUAGAAAAGUGAGGUUUCCUUGGAGUGACGCCCCACCCCCUCACCUGCCUGCAUUGAGUUCCUGAUCAACCAGCCGAAUUGCAAAAUUCAAGGCUGCAGUACGUAAUUUAGUGCAGCCUUCUCCAACCUAGUGUUCUCUAGAUGUUUUGGACUACAAAUCCCAUCAGCCCCGGUAAACACGGUCAGUAAACAGGGAUGAUUAAAGUUGUAGUUUAAAAGUCCUGCAGGCCACCAGCUUGAGGAAGGCUGAGUUAGCGUGUCGCUUUUAAUGUUACAUCUCACUGUUUUGCUCUCAUUUUGUACAGAACUAUGCUGUAACGUGGUGUGCUUGAUAAAGGGGGGGGCAGAUUGUUUUAAGAAAUGGAGUACUGGCAUACGUUCAUGUUGCAAAUACUUUUAUUUUGCAUGGACAGUAACCAAUUUAUAUUUAAAUUAGAUUUUAUUUUUUUUAAAAAUUGUCUUCUAUUCCUAUUCAUAUUCCAGGCCUCGGGCAAGUGCUGUUGGGGAGAGACUCUGGAGCAGUAAAAAUGUAACUGAUAUUGAAGAUGCUUAUAACAGGCUUAAUGAACAUCGUUGUCGCAUGCUCAGGUAAGAAAUACAAUCUAGUACAGCAGGUACAAUCCCAUCAAUAAUCAGUGUAGAUUUCUUACAUCAAAACUUGGAAGUUUAUUAAUCUCAAAAGGCAAAGCAAGUCACACUUCUCUCCCCCACAGGCGUGGAAUAGCGGCGGCGCCUUUGUUUGUUGGAUACUGCAGGCACGAAGCAAGAGACCCCUAACAGCUGUAGGAGGACAUUGCCAGAAGUGCCUUUUGGGAAGAAAAACCUGCAGAUUCCUGUUGAAUACUGCACUGGAGCACUCUCAUUUUGAAAUGCGGAAAUUUAGAGAAGGUUAAUUUCUUAUAGAUGUGGAAAAAAUAAAUGAUGUUGAACUUUUUAAGAGAAAGUAGCUCAUUCGAAAAAGGAACCUGUGCGUAUGUUUUUGUUGCAGAUGGCUGGGUUGAGGCAAGGACUAUAAUUCAAGGGUUAGAAUGCAUAUAAUAAGGAACUUGUUCCUCUGAGUAGGGAACAUAGCAUACACAUUUGUCAUUGUAAAUUACCGUAUUUUUCGCUCCAUAGGGAGCACCUAGUUUUUAGAGGGGGAAAUCAAGAAAAAAAAUCUUAUUCCCCCCCCCAGCCCCAAAGAGCAGCGUACAGGCUGCUCGCAG